UCGGACGAAAAAUGUUGAAUCAACUACCUGGAAUGGUUGCAACGAACCAUUUUAUAAUGAACUAGUUAUAUUUCUCCGCCCAAGUUUGUCCAUACCAUUAUCCGGUCCAUACAGAUCAUAAUAUGGAUUUAUCUGUUUGUGUAUAAUUACAAUUCCAGGUUACUUACGGCCAAGGAGAGUUAUAUGUUGACUUAAAAGAAUACCGUGGUACGGCAAACGACGACAGGAAACCAAAAUGUAUUAAGUUGUGUGUGACGACAUCAUCUUCAGGAUUUCCACGUUGUAACCUCAACACUACAACAGGCACAGCUCUUGUAUUUUGGAUUAAUCCUAAAAAAGUUGGUUUUCCCAAUCCUGUUGAAUAUAGAUUUAAAUAUAUUGACUGGAAGGUGAGGAUUAUAAAUAAAUAUUUUUUUGGAUGUUCAGAAAAAAAUAAAGAUAUAUCCGGAAAUUUUUUUGUACGUUAUCGUAAAAUGGUACUAUGUCCGGAAAAUUUUUUGGCGACGGGGGGAGGUCGCCAAUAAUUUUUGGAAAAUUUUUUUUUGGUUUCCGGUAAAAUUUUAAAUUUUGAUAAUUUCAGGUAAAUAUGACCGAACACCCCCCCCCCCUGACGCGAAGUCCUCGCGACGGCACUGGCAUUAAUAUACUUUUAGCAUCAUUGCCAAUUUCACUUUACACCAUCUUUUAAACGCACAUUUUAGGACAACAGUGAACUGAGCGCAACUGUGUGGAAACGUCCAUCUGGGCAAUCAUGUGACACAACAAGUCCAACCAACAGUACAAUCUAUGGCCAGGCUGGCAAGAUUAUACCACGGUUAGAACAAUUUAAAACAUAUUAUAUCGUCUCCGAUAAAUGGACACUUAAAACAAGAACGAGAUUAAAAUGCAACAAUCCAGGAUGCCUUCUUCCUUGCGUGCCUCAAGACAACAGCACAGGGCACUACACUUGUCAUAACGGCAAUAAAAAAUGUCUUCCAAAGUGGUUUGGUGAAAAUUGUCUUAAGACUUGUGUCAAGCCAACUGACCCGCCUGGAAACUACAAAUGUUCCAAGACUGGCGAAAAGGGAUGCCUGACAAACUGGUUUGGUGAGAAUUGUACAACAUUUUGUAAUUUAACUUCGUCGACCUAUCAGUGCGAUAUGAAUGGCAAGAAAACCUGUUUUGAAAACUUGUUUGGUACGAACUGCUCAAUGUUUUGCGAUAACUCAUCAAAAACAUACACUUGUGACAACACGGGACAAAAACACUGUAUAACAAACUACUAUGGUCAAAAUUGUUUAACCUUUUGCAACAACAGUGCGUCAACAUAUAACUGCAACAAAAAUGGCGUGAAAAUUUGUCUCAAAAAUUGGUUUGAUGAACAUUGUUUAACAUUUUGCAACACCACCAAAGAAAACUACCAGUGUUCUUCCAAUGGGAGCAUAAUUUGUGACAGUAAUUGGUUUGGAAAUGUGUGUGACAAAUUUUGCAACAUCAGCGCAGAAAAUUACAACUGUACAAGAAAUGGGAGUAAACUUUGUAAACAAAACUGGUUUUGGAAAAAUUGCGAUAUCUUUUGCAACGAAACUGCAUCCGACUAUCGCUGCAGUCGAGAUGGUGGAAGAACCUGUUUUCCAAACUGGUUUAACAAUGAUUGUUCCACAUUUUGCGAUCAAAAUGCAACGAAUUAUAACUGUUCUGAUAAUGGAGAAAAAAUUUGCGUUCGCAACUGGUUCGGAAAUGCGUGCGGGAAGUUUUGUGACGAAAGUUCCACACGGUACAGAUGUUCAUCUAACGGUACGAAGUCGUGUCUUCCCAAGUGGUAUGGUACAGAAUGUUCAGUUUACUGUGACGACACCACGGGAAAAACUUACAGUUGUAAUGGUACUGGAGGAAAAGUUUGUUUGAAGAAUUGGUACGCUGAAAAUUGCACCAAAUUUUGUAAUGAAACUAAAGUCAAUGAAAGAUGUAAUGAACACGGGGAAAUAGUUUGCGACCGAGAUUGGUUUGGGGACAAUUGUACCACGUACUGUAAUGCCGGCUCGGGGAACUACAAUUGCAGUAGCACUGGAAGGAAAAUUUGUUUUCAAAAUUGGUACGGACCAGACUGCAUUGAUUAUUGUGACAACACCACGUCACAUUACAUCUGUGAUAACAAAGGAAAAAUAACUUGUUUACAAAAUUGGUAUGGCAUAAAUUGCACGAAUUUUUGCGACACAACUUCGAAUACUUAUAACUGUUCUGAUGAUGGUGAAAUUAUCUGUUUGUCAAAUUGGUAUGGUGAAAAGUGUUCUGUAUAUUGCGAAAGAAACGCUACAACCUAUCGAUGUGAAAGUAACGGCAACAAAACGUGCUCACGUAAUUGGCAUGGAGAACAUUGCGCUGUCUUUUGCAACACAAGCUCGAUACGUUAUACAUGCAAUGACAAAGGCCAAAGAAACUGUUUACCAGAUUGGUAUGGUAAAAAUUGCAGUAGAUUUUGUGAUAACAGCUCGAAACGCUACACAUGCAAUAAGGAAGGUUAUAAAGUCUGUUUGUCGAAUUGGAUUGGAGAAAACUGCGAAACGUUCUGUGAUAGAAAUGCAGACACCUUCAAAUGCGACGGAAAUGGAACAUGUUUACCAGAUUGGUAUGGUAAAAAUUGCAGUAGAUUUUGUGAUAACAGCUCGAAACGCUACACAUGCAAUAAGGAAGGUUAUAAAGUCUGUUUGUCGAAUUGGAUUGGAGAAAACUGCGAAACGUUCUGUGAUAGAAAUGCAGACACCUUCAAAUGCGACGGAAAUGGAACAUGUUUACCAGAUUGGUAUGGUAAAAAUUGCAGUAGAUUUUGUGAUAACAGCUCGAAACGCUACACAUGCAAUAAGGAAGGUUAUAAAGUCUGUUUGUCGAAUUGGAUUGGAGAAAACUGUGAAAAGUUUUGCGAUAGAAAUGCAGACACCUUCAAAUGCGACGGAAAUGGAACAUGUUUACCAGAUUGGUACGGACCGAAAUGUGGGAUUAAUUGCCUUGAAAUUGAAUCAGUUCCUGGACUUUUCAUGUGUGAAAUGAAACAAGGGACUACGCUUUCUUGUCCUCAUGGAUGGGGAAAGGUAGCUUGUGAUUCAACUUGUGGUGAAAAUGAAGAUUUAGAAGCCGUUUUGGCAGAGUGUAAAGAAAAAGGCGAAAUCAAAGUUUUAUGCUCAAAGAAAACAACAGAUAUCCCGGAAUGCUUUAGAAAUGGUAAGUGCUGAUGGUCUCGAGUCUGUGUAUGAAAUUAUUUCUUCAGUUAGCUGUGGAAUGUCCCGUUACCAGUGACUAUGUCAUGGUCACCGAUGUGAAAUAGUCUAGAUCUAUCUUAUCUUUUGUGUAUGGUCUAUGCCAAUCAGUCUUUACUGGUUGUAAAUUGUCACGACCGCCACCACGACAAAAUAUGGCAUAAUCCUAAAGAAAGGAUAAAGGCGAGGCACCCAGGCUAUUUUCUCUUAUGCUCGGAGCCACAGCCACCUGCUGAAAAGAGCCUGGGUACGAGGAUAAAGGCGAGGCACUUGCAAUACGUUUAUAGUUUUUUUUGACAAAAUAAACAUUGUGUACUCAACAAAACAAAACAACUUUGUUAUCUCUCUGUAGAAAAUGUCGACUACGUGCGCUCAAAUGUGGUAUCAAAAUCUAUCGUUGUUGGAACAGCCAGUGUGGUGGGAUUUAUUGCAGUUGCUGUCGUGAUCUUACUCUUUUUCAGGUAAGAUUCAGAGAUUUGGGUUGGAACAGAGCUAUGUCUGGUUGAGUCAAUGCCGAUUCAAGGUCCAUUUACACUACCGACAAUUUUGCUUAAAACUGUUGUCGCAUGCAACAUACUUACAUUACAACUUGAGUUGUACAGUGCAGAACCACAAUAAAACACAGCAGCUUGCAUUUACUUUAUACUGUUUUUUAGACUGAGAAAGAAGGUACAAAAAAGAAACGUUAUAACGCCACAUAUAAUUCAAGUCCAAACAUCCGAAAAACACGACUGGGCAUCGACCAAGCUGUGAAGCCUAAGCCCUAAGGUAUGAUUAUAUAUCGCGUAUGCAUUGGCAAGGAUACACUAGUCAUUAGAUAAGAUCCAUUGAAAUGAAUAUCUGGAACGCUACCUCCAACCGAGAAUCUGAAGCCAAACUUGAAGACUAGUCCCAGUCUUUUCACGCAUACGAAGAGCACUCAAUCUGUCAAUCGUGAUAGAUUCGAUUUGGCUUCAAGAAAAAGGUAACGUUCCAGUUAUAUUCGUUUCAAUAGUUAUCCAUCAAGUAAGGAGUGUCUAACAUGAUAAUACAAAAAAUAUGUGAGUUGAAUUUGGUUGCUUGUAGACAUUUCGAUAACUAAUUUGUUUAACUUAUUUUUGUUUGCAGGAGCCGACGUCAGGAUUGAAUGAAGAUAUUUAUUGUAAUAUUGAUAUUGUAGACUAGUUGUAGAAAUACAAAAGACUCUUUCUCUGCGAGGGAAAUAUUUUGCAAGGCCAAGGAACAAUAUAUUUAGACAACACCUUCUUGGAGUAAUUGUGGACAAAACAUCUGCGACACUUCCAACUAUUUGACACUAAAAUUUUGUAAUAUCAUCACAAAUUUAGAAGAUCUUCUUAAUCUUACUUACGUCCACCAUUCGGUAAUGUUAACUGCGUUCCCAGAAUACGGUUAAAGCAAUUGUAGUACGUGUAGUACGUGUACUACUUUUUCUUUGGGGGGGGGGGGGACGAGUAAACUAUAUAUUUUGGUUUAAUAGUAAAACAAAGUCACAGAGGAAUUGUUUUAGUAUCCUGUAUCGCGGAUGGUUUUGACCAGAAUUGAAGUCUAUAAAUGAUGCUCUGUCAAUUUGUUGAUAUCUAUAAUUUAUAUGAAUAUUUACGUUCGGUUGAUUAGUUUAGUUGAACACGUAGUAUUUAUAUCAACGAACACGACUUGUGAUGCGAGAGCAUUAUCAAAUGAUUAAUACGACGUGGGACAAAGUAUAUUCUUCUUUUAGACGUAUAAAGUCAUUACAUUAGACCUUUUGAGAAGAACGUAUUUGUAAUUACGACGAAAUUGAUAUUAAAGAAAAUAAAAAGGUUUUGUUAAAUUGGACCAUGUUAGAGAAAGACUUACGUCUUGGUUGUUAUCCUAUAUGACGUAUGUAGCAACUGAAGGUUUAAUUUUCAGGUUUAAUUGACACACGAGAAAAUAUAGAAUGAAAGAAGCAUUUAACGAAGUAGAAACAACACAAACAGCAAAAUAGUUUGCUAAAAUCUUUUUCAUACAUUGUCACUAAUGACAAAAUUUUCCUUCAAUUAGUAAUCUCAGCCUCAGUUUAAAACACUAAAAUACAAAUUCUAAAUCUUGUAUGCUAUCAUUCCUCUACGGCAGAAACACUCGGGCAAACUGGUUAUUCGUUGGGCUAAUAUAGGGGGCGGGGGGGGGGGGGGGGGGUUAGGGGGUUAUCUGAGGAUCAGGGAUGGGGUUUCCUCAAGGUCGAUUAAAGACAUAUUCUAUGAUUCAUUGUAACCUAUUAAAUUAACAGACCCUUACAAAAAUCAGUCCUUCUAUGCAAUGGAUGACAAAAUAAAAAUACUUUCAAAAAACCCUAAAGCCAAAUUAGUCAGAAUCGGUGCAAUUAUCUCCAAUAAUUCCACUGUCUCGCUUUUCUUUUUCAUGCUCUCUGCUUUUUCGAGUUCUAACUGGUUUAUCCUUUUCCUUAUUUUUAAUUUCAUGUCCUGAAUUUUCAACUUCAUAUUUCUGCUUUUUGCCAGCUACUUUGCCUUUCCUAACUUUGCGUUUUCGUUCCUUCAUUUUUCGUGUAACGUUCGAAUGAAACUCGACAUCCAAAAAGCCAUUGUACAGAAAAGAAUCGUCCCCAAAAGUUAUACUGUGUCUAAAACCACUUUCGUCUUUGAGUGUGGGAAAGUUUGGUCGCCCUCUGCGUUUUAACUGCAGUAAGUUGCCCUCACUGGCUGAUUUUGUCUGUGGAAAGCUGACACUUUUCCGGGCCUUAGGCCCAGGGCAAGUGUCGGAAAUAUCUGAGAGCUGGACAUCCAUAGCAUGGCGUAACACACUGCUGUUGGUUGCAGGAGUAGAGUGGCCUGGAGGGUCUGGGGAAUGGCGUUGCCGUAAGUUCCAUUCCAGGCUUCGGAUCUGAGAGCGUGCCUCGCUCAGUUGCGAUUUUGUUGCUUCUAAUUGGCAAGUUAGUUCCGUCACAAUAGACUUUGUGUUUUCCAUCUGUUCUUCCAGAAAUUGUACAUAUGC